CCUCUAAAAACCAUACGUCACACAGUGGGACCAAGAUGGCGUCGCAGUACUAUCAGGAGAUGCAGGAGAGCUUCAGAAAUAACAGCAAAAGUCGGGAGUUUCCGGCUCAUUCGGCGAAAGUUCACUCGGUGGCGUGGAGCUGCGACGGCCGGAGGCUGGCGUCCGGGUCUUUCGACAAAACCGCGAGCGUUUUCGUCCUGGAAAAGGACCGCUUGGUCAAGGACAACAACUACAGGGGUCACGGCGACAGCGUGGAUCAGCUGUGCUGGCAUCCCAACAACCCGGACCUGUUUGUUACGGCGUCCGGAGACAAAACCAUCCGCAUCUGGGACGUCCGCACCACCAAGUGCAUCGCCACCGUAAACACAAAGGGUGAAAACAUCAACAUCUGCUGGAGUCCAGACGGCCAGACCAUCGCCGUCGGGAACAAGGACGACGUGGUGACCUUCAUCGACGCAAAGACGCACCGCUCCAGGGCGGAGGAGCAGUUCAAGUUCGAGGUGAACGAGAUCUCCUGGAACAACGACAACGACAUGUUCUUCCUGACCAACGGCAACGGCUGCAUCAACAUCCUGAGUUACCCGGAGCUGAAGCCCAUCCAGUCCAUCAACGCUCACCCGUCCAACUGCAUCUGCAUCAAGUUCGACCCCACGGGGAAGUACUUCGCCACGGGAAGCGCCGACGCGCUGGUCAGCCUGUGGGACGUGGAGGAGCUGGUGUGCGUGCGCUGCUUCUCCAGGCUGGACUGGCCGGUGAGGACGCUGAGCUUCAGCCACGACGGCAAGAUGUUGGCUUCAGCGUCGGAGGAUCACUUCAUCGACAUCGCGGAGGUGGAAACGGGGGAGAAGCUGUGGGAGGUGCAGUGUGACUCCCCCACCUUCACCGUCGCCUGGCACCCAAAGAGACCCCUGCUGGCCUACGCCUGCGACGACAAGGAGGGCAAGUACGACAACAACCGCGAGGCGGGGACGGUCAAGCUCUUUGGCCUUCCCAACGACUCCUAAGGGGGGCUGCGGGCGCUCUGCAGUAACGUCCCGUCUCCAGCAGAGGGAGCUCCUCACUCACCCCCUUUUAUUUUGUACUGUACAGCUGUAAAAUACUUUUUUAUAAUAAAAUCAUUUUUAACCUGCAGAAAAACUUAAAA